CCCGCCGGCUGCUGCCAGGCUCUCAGCGCGUGCUUCCUUGGGCAGCUGUCUGGGCUUGCACCGCUGCGGCCAGGUCUGCAGUCUGGGUGCGAGCAAGAUGGAGACUGACCUUUCUGGCUUUGAUAUCGAUGCCCCCCGCUGGGAUCAAGGCACUUUUCUGGGACGUGUGAGGCACUUCUUUAACAUUACAGAUCCCCGCACUGUCUUGGUUCCAGAGCGCAAGCUGGACUGGGCCAAGGCAACAGUGGAGAAGAGCAGGAUGGGGGUCGUGCCCCCAGGCACACAGGUGGAGCAGCUGCUGUACGCUAAGAAGUUGUAUGACUCGGCCUUCCACCCCGACACCGGAGAGAAGAUGAAUGUCAUUGGACGGAUGUCCUUCCAGGUCCCUGGUGGCAUGAUCAUCACAGGUUUCAUGCUGCACUUCUACAGGACCAUGCCAGCAGUGAUCUUCUGGCAGUGGGUGAACCAGUCCUUCAACGCCUUGGUCAACUACACCAACAGGAAUGCAGCUUCCCCCAUAUCGGUCAGGCAGAUGGCCUUCUCUUACCUCACAGCCACCACCACCGCUGUGGCCACUGCUGUGAGCAUGAACACGUGGACAAAGAGAGCCCCUCCCUUGGUAUGCCGAUGGGUGCCCUUUGCCGCCGUGGCCGCUGCCAACUGUGUCAACAUCCCCAUGAUGCGACAGCAGGAACUCAUCCAGGGCAUCUCCGUGAAGGACAAGAAUGACACAGAGGUCGGCCAUUCCCGGAGAGCGGCAGCCAUAGGCAUCACCCAAGUGGUUAUUUCCCGGAUCACCAUGGCAGCUCCUGGCAUGAUCUUGCUGCCGGUCAUCAUGGAGAGGCUGGAGAAACUGCACUUUAUGAAGAAAGCCACGGUGCUGCAUGCGCCGCUGCAGGUCGUGCUGUCUGGCUGUUUCCUUCUCUUCAUGGUUCCAGUGGCAUGUGGGCUCUUCCCGCAGACAUGUGAAUUGCCGGUUUCUUGUCUGGAACCAGAUCUCCAAGGCACUGUCAAGGCCAAAGACGGAGAAUGUGCCCCUUAUGUCUACUUUAACAAGGGCCUCUGAACGCCUCACGCUAGCGAGAACCAGCUGCCUAGAUCCACUGCUCUGCACACCCGAGCUCACCUUCCUCUGCAGGCCGGCUGGACCGGGCACAUUGCCUGUCAUAUUGAUCAAGUAGUUCGUUUACUGGACUCCAGGGGGUAAUCAUGGAAAAGGGGACCAAAGACCAUAGUCCUCUCUGCCUCCCCCUCACCAUCUCCCCGGAAGCUGCUGCCUGUACAGGGAGGAGUGGCUGGUACCUGUUGGUGAGCAGGGUGUGAGCUAUUCGAGCCAUCAUUUGGAAAACUGAGGCAACCUUUAGGACUCUGUUCCCUCAAGGACUGGGGAAGUGGCUGAGGGCAGGAAGAGUUCUGGUCCUCGCUCCUCCUUCCUUCCCGGCUGGGGAGCCUUUACCCUGCUGUGCUAGCCUGAAUCCCAGGGCAGGGGAAGGCAGGCUGUCUCUGCCAGUGCUCUUCCCCAUUGUGCCUGGUCAGAGAGCUACCUUGGGAGUGCUGCUGAAUGUGUUUAUUGAGCACCCAGGAGUUAUUCGCGCUAAACAAUGACACUGCACAAAGCAGCAGAGUCACAUGGUGCUUUAGGUACUAUCCAUUGACACUGACUUUGUGCAGCCAGGACUCUGGAAGACUGCGGAGGAUCAUAAAUUUGAGUCCAGCCUGAGCAAUUUACUGAGACUAUCUCAUAAUAAAAAAAGGCCAAGGCUAUAGCUCAGUGCAACUGCCCUGGGUUCAAUCCCUAGUACCGAGGGAAACAAAAAUUAUGCCUGGCUCCAUCUGGUGGAUCUUCUCCACAUGAUACAAACCCCGUCCCUCAUUGCCUCAUAUCUGUUUGGAAAGAGAAAUACCCUUCCAUGAGUGAGAGGCUGUUAGCAUUAACCAUGUGGUUAAGGGGUGUAAUCUGGCUCAGCCCUUUAGGCUAAGCACCAAAGAAAGACUGCUGUUUACUGUAUAGGAGAGGUUGGAUACCUCUAAGGGGAAACCAACGGGGACCAAAGGGCCUUAAGAGUACAGAGUGUGGCAGUCUGUUCCCUCCGGGCUGUGCUGACUCAGAAUUGCUUGAAAGAGUAUGAGGAUCUGCAGCCUAGGUAAUGAAGCCUGGAUGGAGCACAGGAUCUGGUCUUAACUUGACAUGGCAUGUCAGAGGAUACCACUGCUAAGGGUUAUGAGAAGAAAAGCCUCAUGAUGGAGCAUAACCUGUCUAGCACUCUGGCAGGCUGAGGGAGGCAGGAGGAUCGCAAGCUUGAGCCUAGCCUGGGCAACUUCGCUACUU